AAAAUCACAAGCAUCUAUUCAUAAUGCCCCCUGCCUGCAUGAAGACAUUGAAUUGAGUAUAUUUGGUUGUGGAAAAGGGACAAAGCUUUUUAGUCUUUUCCUCUCUCCCUUUUGCUUCUCUUUCUCUGUUUUGCAGCUUUCCGCCAUUGAAGACACCAAUAUGAAGGCCCCAUUGCAGCAGCAACCAAUUACCCAAAACGACCCUGAUUCUCAGUGCUCACAACCACCUCUCAAAUGCCCUCGCUGUAAUUCCACCAACACCAAAUUUUGCUACUACAACAAUUACAAUCUCACCCAGCCCCGCCACUUUUGCAAGACCUGCCGUCGAUAUUGGACCAAAGGUGGCGCCUUGAGAAACAUCCCCGUCGGUGGCGGCUGCCGGAAAAACAAAAAGCUCAAAUCUUCUUCCUCUAAUUCUAAUUUCCUCACCGGAAUCUCACCCUCCAUUGAUUUUAGUGCCAUCGGAUCAGGAAGAUCGUUGUUUCCAUGUUCUUGCUUCUCUCUUGGUCAAACGGCGGCGCCGGCGCCGGCGGCAAUUCCCGCCGCCAAUUACUCAUCCAUGGGGCUCUACAAUUUAAACGACAACACCCAGCAGCUUGCUUCUUCAAUUGAGUCUUUGAGCUAUUUAAACCAAGACCUCCAUUGGAAAUUACAGCAACAGAGGUUGGGUAUGAUAUUUGGAGAUCAUGAUCAAAAUCAAAAAUUUUUGCAACCCAUUUCGUUUCAGAAUCUAGAGCCUCCAAAGCAGGAAGCUUUUUUCAAUAAUAAUCAUCCUAGAAAAAAUUCAACACCCGCCGCCGCUACCGGUACAACUACUACUACUGCUACUGAAUGGAUCUUUGGAAAUAAUGAUUCUUAUCAUCAUCAUCAUCAAAUGAGUAUUACAAGCAACAGUUCAAGAAAUAUAGGCGGCAAUGCUGGUGGGAGUGGGUAUAAUCAUAAUAAUGGAGUUGAAGCUAAUUGGGAUGAUUUGCUUCAUUUCACUACCUAGCCGGAUAGAGAUCUCUCUAUACCCGUCCUUCGCUAGUAGAUAUUGUCUGUGUUAUGUGUGCUUGUGUACUUGUUUUGUUUGAUAGGAUGAAUGUGGAUGAGGGGGCCUUAAUGUGAGGGUUACUGAACAAUAUGUCAGGGCAUAGGGUUGAUUAGGGUGCACCUUUUUUUUAGACACAGUGUGGUUUGUGGGUUUGGGUUGGUUGAUGUCUGCAAAAACUGGUGGGUUUGGGAUUGCAUUAAAUGAAGAAUGAAGUGUCAAUUUUAGAGUUG